AUGUCGGCGGCCAUCGAGCAGCGCAACCAGGAUGCGACCGUGUACGUGGGGAACCUGGACGACCGCGUGACGGAGGAGCUGCUCUGGGAGCUCAUGCUGCAGGCGGGCAGCGUGUGCAACGUGCACAUGCCGCGCGACAAGGUGACGGGCAGCCACCAGAACUACGGCUUCGUGGAGUUCCGCACCGAGGAGUGCGCCGAGUACGCGGUUAAAGUGUUAAACAUGGUGCAGCUCUUCGGCAAGGCCAUCCGCGUGAAGAAGGCCUCGAGCGACCGCAAGAACCUGGACGUGGGAGCCAACCUGUUCCUGGGCAACCUGGACCCGGAGGUGGACGAGAAGCUGCUGUACGACACGUUCUCGGCCUUCGGGGGCAUCAUCGAGACGCCCAAGAUCAUGCGCGACCCGGACACCAAGGCGUCGCGCGGCUUCGGCUUCGUGAGCUUCGACUCGUUCGAGGCGGCCGACCUGGCCAUCGAGUGCAUGCACGGCCAGUACCUGACAGCCGCAACGAGCGCCACGGCUCGGAGGCCGAGCGGCUGCUGGCCCAGAGGAACCCCAACAAGCUGCAACCGCACACCAUGUUCGCGUUCACGCCGGGGGCCAACGGGGCGCCUCCUGCCCCUCCGAUGA